GGAAGGAAGGAAGUCAAGGAAGGGAGAUGGGGAUGCUCCUCUUGGUUUCUCUGCUCCUCCUUCUCUUGUUUGCAUGCAUCAAGUUCGCCACAGCUGAUUGUGAUUUCACUUUGCUGUCCAAACGCCAUGUCAACCGCCACGAAAUUGAAGACAAAGUUGUUUGGAUAACUGGUGCUAGCCGUGGAAUUGGCGAAAUUCUUGCUAAGCAACUAGCGAAUCUGGGAGCCAAGCUCAUUAUUUCCGCCCGUAAUGAAGCCGAAUUGGAGCGAGUCAAGAAACAACUCACUGGUAAACAUGCACCUGAUGGUGUCAAAGUUUUGCCGUUGGAUUUGGCUUCUGGUGAAGAUUGUCUCAAGGAUGCUGUAGAGAAAGCUGAGUCAUUCUUCCCGAAUGCUGGUGUUGAGUACAUGAUCCAUAAUGCUGCUUUUGAGCGUCCUAAAACUGCAGCCUUGGAUGUUACUGAGGAGAGUCUGAAGGUUACUUUCAAUGUAAAUGUGCUUGGGACAAUAACGCUCACCCGGUUACUUGCACCUUUCAUGCUGAGGCGAGGGAAGGGCCGUUUUGUUGUGAUGAGCAGUGCUGCAGGAAAGACACCUGCACCAGGUCAGGCAGUAUACUCUGCCUCCAAACAUGCCUUAAAUGGGUACUUUCACACUUUGCGUUCCGAGCUCAAUCAGAAAGGAAUUGGGGUGACUGUUGUUUGUCCUGGUCCAACAGAAACAUCAAAUGGUACAGGAUCGGCAAGCUCAGAAAAUAAAGCUUCUUCUGAGAAGCGCGUAUCAUCAGAAAGGUGUGCAGAGUUGACAAUAAUUGCUGCUACCCAUGGUCUAAAGGAAGUUUGGAUAUCAUACCAGCCUGUGCUGGCUGUGAUGUACUUGGUGCAGUACAUGCCAACCGUUGGUUAUUGGCUUAUGGACAAGAUUGGUGGAAAUCGAGUUGAAGCUGCUGCGAGGAAGGGCAACACUUACUCAUUAAGCUUACUCUUUGGGGAAAAGAAGGCAUCAUGAAUAUCUGAAAUGCAGCUUUAUGGGACUGCCAACAUCGGUGGUUGUAUGCUGCCUAUGUUUAGAUACUCAACACUAGGAAUCCACAAAUGACCCUCAAUGGCAUACCGACUUAUAUAUAAUAUAAAAUGUAGUCUUUUGAUGUAUUAUGGCAUUCAUCAGUGAACUUGAUUGAAUGAAGUAUGUCUAGUGCAAGAUAUGAUGAGUGAAAUGAUCAUAUCAUUCAUAUGAGAAAGAGACGUACUUCGCAGUAUAUGCUUGUGAUAGUUUUGUAAGUAGAGUAACCUUAAUUCUCAGUGAAGCAAAGUUUUGUGUA